AUGGAUCGCUACCGGGGCUCUCGCCGAUCGCCUGCGCCUCGAGACAGACCUACCCGUGAUCCUGACGUCUUCGCCAUCGGUUCCGGUGAAAGCUACAGACCUGGAGGUGAGAAUUCAUACCGACCUUCACCUCGCGACCGAGACCGUUUCGGUGCAGACUCAUGGACGGCCGAAAGAAGAGAUGGACGACGGGAUGAUCGAAGAGAAGAAAGAAGAGAAGACAUUGACUCCUAUGUUCCACUCACGAGCUCACGAGCAGCACGCCCGCGAAGUCGCUCUCCAGCCUUUCGUCGACGAUCACGGACCCCUCCUAACAGAAGAGAGGACUUGUUCGCCAACAGAAGAUCACCACCCCGUCGCUACUCUCCAAGAAGGUCACCACCACCCAGAAGGAGGUCUCGAUCGCCCCCUGGCGGCAGGGCUCGCAGUCCGCCUGAUCCUAAGAGGUUCCGAGACUUCUCAUCUGAGCCCAGCCGACGGUCGCCAAAGCGCGAACGACGAUUUUCUCCAGACCGGAGCCGGGAUCCGCGUGACAGAUCACCUCUGGGAGACCCGGGAAGGGCAGGAGAAAGCUACAGACCACGAUCUCGAACUCCGCCGCGUAGGAGACCGCAGAAUGACACCUGGAUGAGAAGAUCUCCUUCACCAAGAGACUCCGGUGCAGCAUCACACAAUACCUCACGACGAUCAUCUCCUCCCAUGCACCCAGACAGAGCGAGUUUGGCAGGUUCCGUGACGAGAUCACCUGCACCGCCAGCCAACCGGAGCCAAUAUGAUAGGGCAGAAUCAGCCGCCGGCAGCUAUCGUGACCGAUCUCCCCCACCACCCACACCCGUGGACCCCAUACGGGAUCGAGACAUGAGCAUGCCGCGCGAGGAUGUCCACAUGAACGGCACCAACGAGCCCCGGCGGCCUCCGUCAGGUCCCAGCAGUCAUCGGAAUGGCAAUUACGAGAGACCGCCGCCUACAGGCCCGUCCCGAAGUUUCAGCCAGCCCGUUCAAUCACCACCAACUGGUCCCGCAGCGUCAAUGUCAAUGUCCGCUCAUAACAGGGGUGGUGGCGCGUCCACGCUGAGAGCUCCUUCUGGACCUCGCGGCUCAGUUGGUAGAUUCGACGGUCCACCGCCCCGCGAUUUCCCAGGUCCACGUGGUCGAGGCGGUUUGCCCUAUCGAGGCCCAGCACCCCACGGACCUCGAGGCGGAGGCUACGGGCGCGGUGACUUCGGCGGAUCCAGUGCUCGAGGCGACUAUGGAGGGACCCCCUACCGUGGUGGGGGCUUCGGACGUGGGGGCAACGGUGGAGGAGGUGGUGAGCCCUCAUUCCCAUACCGCGGGAACAACAGCUCGAGCACGACCUAUCCACGCACACAGCGCUUCAACACGGUCCAACAACAUCUGGCCACGAACGAGAAGAUCGUCCCGGGCGGCAAACUCCUCCCCUCGGGUCUUCCCCCUGACCAGGAAAAACGGAUCAAGAUGCUCGAAGCCGAGAGCGAGCGCAUGCGCGCCGAGAUCUCAGAGAAACAAAAACUCAAGCGAGAAGUCCUGAAUGAAUGGGAAGUCAGAGAAAGGGAGAGCGAGAGGGAGGCCCUGCGGAGCGAACUUGCUGAGCAGCAUCUCCAGCAGCUGAUGGAGAGCGAGGAUGGAAUCGGAAGAGCUGCGUUCUAG